UGACAGUGACGUUUAGAUUUUCAAAACAUUUUAUUAUUGAUUUAGCAUGAUUUCACAGUAAAUUUCCUAAAUAAUUAGUGUACCUACAUUUUUUAAAAAUGCUUGAGGCAAAAGAUUCUAAUCCAGAUACAGUGGAAAAUGUUCGUGUGUUUAUCAGGAUACGCCCACUAAAGGACAAAGAAAAAUCUUCAGAAACCCAAAAGACUCUUCAUUCAGACAAUAACACAAUAUCUUUAAAUAAAAAUGGAUUGAUGAAAACCUUUACUUUUUGCAAAGUAUUUGACGAGGUCAGUCAGCAAAUAGACCUGUAUAGACAUGUUUCAGUGCCUAUUGUGGAACAAGUUCUUAAAGGCUACAAUGGAACAAUAUUUGCUUAUGGUCAAUCAGGAACAGGAAAGACUUAUACCAUGGUUGGUGAUAUUACGGAUAAUAAUCGCAAAGGAAUUGUUCCUAAUAUAUUUUCUCACAUUUUUGCACAAAUAACUCUAGCGAAUCAUGAAUAUUCCUAUGCUGUCACUGUUACUUAUUUAGAAAUAUAUAAUGAAGAGAUUCGAGAUCUUUUAUCAGACCAACCAAAGAAACUUACAUUAAAAGAAAAACCUGGAAUUGGUGUAUAUGUCAAAGAUCUUCUUGGGUUUACAGUAGAUUCCCUAGAAGGUGUUACAGAAAUUCUUAAAAAAGGCAACAAAAACCGAGCUACUAGUUUUACCCAACUAAAUGAUGUUAGUUCCAGAUCUCAUGCAGUUUUUACAGUAUUAAUUGAAACUAAAAACCAUACUACCAAUAAAACAACAUUUGGAAAACUUAAUUUAGUAGAUCUGGCAGGUUCUGAAAGAGUACACAAAAGUUUAGCUACAGGAGAUAGACUGAGAGAGGCAGGGAAAAUUAAUUUGUCCUUGUCAGUACUUGGGAAUGUUAUAUCAGCAUUGGUAGAUGGCAAAGCCACCCACAUACCUUACAGGAAUUCCAAACUCACUCGCUUAUUACAAGAUUCUCUAGGAGGAAACUCUUUAACUGCUAUGAUAGCUAUGGUAAGCCCCAGAGCUCAAGAUUGUGAAGAAACUUUAUACACGCUCAUGUACGCUGACAGAGUAAAGCACAUUCAAAAUCAUGUUACAGCUAAUGUAGAAGCUAAAAGUGUUAUAGAAACUUUUGAAAACAAAAUAGCAGAACUCAGAGAACAGUUAAUGUUUCUUGAAGCCAGGGAGGAAAAGCUGGAGAAGAAAGAGAAAAAGCGAACCAAGAGUGCCGUGCAUAAUAAUGAAUUAGAGGAUAUAGAGUCUGAGAAGAGUACCUUACAAAAUAAAAUAAAUAUAAUUCAAAAGAAAAUUCUUGUAGGUGGGGAAAAUCUGGUAGAAAAGGCUCAACAACAAAUGGAACUCUUAGAACAUGUAGAUAAAGAGUUGCAACAUUUGGAUACAUCACAUUCCAUACUGAAAGAGAUUCUUCUGCACAAAGAAAAAGAAAAAACAAUUGUUAAGAAAGAAUAUGCUGAUCUUAAAGAAGAAGACAAAGCUCUGGAUUCCAAACUAGAAGAAGUUGACAAGUUGAUCUCUAAAGCGGUAGAAAUACUGAAAGCUAAAGAAAACGAAUAUCAAAAUGAAAUUUGCACAUUAUUGUAUAACAAUAAAUCUUUGGCAAAGGAAACAUCUUUAGCACAAUUUGUUAUAAAAGAAAGCAUUCCAAAGGAAUAUUUAUCAGACCUCAAGAGUAGUAUUAUCUGGGAUGAGAAUACCCAGGAAUGGCAAGUGAAAGGCAUUGCCUAUUGUGGAAACAAUCUUAGAAGAACAGUUAGUCGUGGGGAAGUCAAGAAGAAAAACCCGGACUCUGUGUAUUUGAGUUACCCGAAAAGAAGCAAACUAAAACCAAGAAAUUAAUUGCAGUGAUAUUAAUAUUAUUUAUUUCUUGAGUAUUAUUGUUUUAUUUAUAUAAUUUAUUUUUUUAAUGCUUCCCAUUUAACGCUUUUUUGUUUAUUAAGUUUAUAAAAAGCACCAAAAAAAUUUAGGCAGCAAUAUUUCUUCAAAUAUAUGUUUGGAAAACUGAUGCAAAAAGUA